GUAGGAAUCGGAAGUGGUGUUGAAGCUUCCCAUGAUGCUCCGCGCGCCGUCUCUUCUAACCGCAGGGCGACUAAGCAGGCAGUAGCUAUGGCUGCGCCCGAGCCAGAGGGUCUGUCUCCUGCGGCCGCCCCGGAUUUGGAUUGGUAUGAGAAGUCGGAAGAAACUCACGCUCCUCAAGUAGAGCCUGAGACCGUCAUCACGUCAGUUCAGGAACCUUCGGAGCCCUUUCGCCCAAGAGACUUGGUGCCGGUGGUGUUCCCCGGGCCUGUGAGCCAGGAAGGCUGCUGUCAGUUUACUUGUGAACUUCUAAAGCAUGUCAUGUACCAACGCCAACAGCUACCUCUGCCCUAUGAACAGCUCAAGCACUUCUACCGAAAAUCUCCUCCCCAGGCAAGGGACACUGCAAGGAAGAAACCUCGGCUCACCGCAGAGGUGAGCAGCAGGAAGUGUCAGCAGGCUCUGGCGGAGCUGGAGAGUGUCCUCAGCCACCUAGAGGACUUCUUUGCCCGAACACUAGUCCCAAGAGUGUUGAUCCUUCUUGGAGGCAAUGCCCUGAGCCCCAAGGAAUUCUAUGAACUUGACUUGUCCAGACUAGUCCCCUUCAGCGUGGACCAGAGCCUGAACACAGCUGCCUGUUUGCGUCGUCUCUUCCAAGCCAUCUUCAUGGCCGAUGCCUUUAGUGAGUUGCAGGCUCCUCCGCUCAUGGGUACCGUUGUCAUGGUGCAGGGGCACCGUGACUGUGGAGAAGAUUGGUUUCUACCCAAGCUCAACUACCGAGUGCCCAGCCGGGGCCACAAACUGACUGUGACGCUGUCCUGUGGGAGACCUUCCGUCCCAGCCAUUGCCUCCGAGGAUUACGUUUGGUUCCAGGCACCAGUGACACUUAAAGGUUUCCACGAGUGACUGAACGAGGACAAGGGCUGACUUCUCCCUGUGCUACCAAGCACCCAUCUCUUGUUUGGAAUUGAAGCUGCUUCCUGGUGAGGGAGGAAGGCUCUGCCCUGGCGGUAUGCCACCUCUCCCCAGACUGCCUGGUGACUGAUGGUACGUGGCCAUCGCUGUGGUACUCAUCAUCAACGAUGGACUCCCAGAGGCCUCUAUCUGAGAUUAGAAAGCAUGGAGGAGGACGUUCUCUGCUCUAUGCUGACUGCAGAACCUUGGUUACCAGGGUCAUUAUGUAGGUGUGACUCAGGCAUUAAAUAUGAAGUGACUAGAGUCGUAUUAAAUUUUCCUAACACU